AGCAUGACGCUGAGGACCUGUGGUCCUUUAUACAUCUAACUGCCUAGGUGUGGACAUCUUUACCUGAGAGGCUGGAUUCCUGGGCCUCUUCGUCCUUGAGAUUAGAGACAAAAAUAUGGGCUUUCAGUGUGCUCAUUAGUUACGCUUCCCCUGGGAAAAUCCUCCCUGCACUCACUGCAGCAAUGGAAUUGGGGCUGAAGCAGCUGAGGGCUCUCCCGUGGCCCCUCCCUGUGCCCAGCACGUGCCAGGUCACGGCGUGCAGACACUUAGUGGCGGGACCCUGAGCCUGACUCCACACGUGGGAGGAGCUCGGCCUUGGAGCCUGGGGAGGCAGUUCCGAGUCCUGGUCCUGGGAGCUUUCCCAGCACAGAGGGGUCUGUGAAUGUCUCUCUGCAUCCAGUUUGGUGGAAAAUGGAGAUGAUAUUUUUCUUGAAGGGCAGAAAGAGAAUUAAAUUAGACAAUAUGUGAAAAGCAGCCCAUAGAGCCGGUAAGCUCGGUGCCAAGAAAACUGCAUCUGUUCCUGAAACACCAGGGUGUGAAGAAGGACAGGGAUCUCAGUAUAUUCCUACCCUGCCUGUUAUCACGGCUGAGCCCUUGCUCAACGCAAAUGCUCAGGAAAAGGGGUCACAUUUCCCAUGGACAUGCGUAUACCACCAUACUGUGACAUUGUCUUGUGACCCAGCCAUUGACAACCAUGACAUUUACCGCAUGUAAAGGAAUGUAUGACACCUUGUUCGCAAACAGAACAAAAUAUGUGGUUUCUCCAAUUCUUUCAGGGAAGUUAUCACCCAAAUCUUUAUGUCCGGCAGGGUUUGUCUUUUUGUCACCUCUCUAGCCUUCUGUCUCCCUACGUCCUCUGCCCACGACCUGUCUCUGUGAUUCCCAGGCGAAUGGCACUUUUACAUGUUUCUGAGUGGCAAUGCUACGGUAACAAAACAGCCCCUAGAGAAGGUGGCUUUGGGCCGCUCCUACAAGGUCAAUAACCACUUUGACAAGAAGUACAGACCCCGGCCUGUGCAUGAGAUCAUCCGUUCUGCAGAGAGCAUAAUUGGUCUUCAGAGGACAUACACAGUUCUUAGGGAAAACAGCGAGAAGUUUGUCACCGAUCUGAGAUAUGGCUGGCCCCGUCUUGAGCUGUCAAGAGAAGUCCCAAUACCUGGCGACCUGAUUGCAAUUUCUCGACUCGCAUUUCAGCACUGGGCCAUCCACGUUGGAGACGGUGAUGUGGUCCAUGUGACGGCUCCAGAUGGGUACCACGUGUCUGGCUCUGCCAACAAUUGCAAACAAACCACUGUAAAAUGUGAGCCUCUGAAAAAAGUGGCUGGGAAUGACAGGUACUGUGUCAACAACUACUUGGACCACAAGUACAGACCCCGGCCUGUGCCUGACAUUGUCCGUUUGGCAAAGAUGACAGUUGGUGAAACCUGGAAGUACGACCUUGUGUCCUCCAACUGCGAGCACUUUGUCACUAAACUGAGAAAUGGCCUGCCCUGCAGUGCACAGAGUAAACGUGCAGUUCGUGCGAUACUUGCAAGUGUGAGUAGUGCGUCAGUAUCCUCUGCUAUUUGAGUAACACUCACCAGAUGUAACAAGAGCAUUCGAAGCCUCGAAGAUCUCUCACUAAGAGGCUGCUGUGCGGACCAGCUCUCCAGCUCUGUGUGUGAUUCUCUCUCCCCUUGGCCUUUGGAAGGACCAAUUAUAACAAGACAUGGCUUCUUGAAGAACCAGAUGGAUACAUCCAGUGACCCCUUGGUCAAAUAUUUCUACGACUCGUGCAGACUCAAGAAUCUUUGGAAAGGAAGCCUCUACAGCUGAGCACCUGCCGGCACUUCGAGCUGCCUAAUUUUGAAAAAGGCUUUUGAAAUGCCAGCUUCAGCCUCUUCCCGUGUAACAGGGUGAUGAUCAGCGCUUCGCUAUUUUGUUGAGAUGAUGUAAAAUGUCAUAGCACGAUCCUCGGCCAACAGCAGACGCUCAAUAAAUUUGCUCC